UUUUAUGACUAGUCAUCAGUCUAUAGAGGGAGCCACUGUAGCCUGCUGAUCGUUUACUGCUCCUCCGGUGAGAGAGAAACCCGGAGCUCAACCUGCCCGGUACACCGCCCCCAGCAUGUCAUACUAUACGAGCCGCAUGUUCAUCACAAGUGCUGCUUGCACUCCGACAUCCAUCUAACAUCUCUCCAUCCACUGCACCGUUCGCUGAGUAACGUACCACCAGCCUGCUACGCGCGCACACGGAUCUGCAACACAAACACAUAAACCGGGGACGAUUUCUCCAGCACGCCGGGAGAGUUGGAGAUCCGCAGGUAUAAUUGCAGUGCUGCUCCGACGUUUGGUCGACAUGCUGGGGAUCUGCGUGUGUCUUUGUGCGGUUUUCACACAUGUCCUCUCUCAGGAGGCUGAGGAGCCCGUCCUCUACACAUGCACAGAAGGGUAUGAGUAUGACAGAGUCAGAGAGCAGUGCAGAGACAUCGAUGAGUGUGCCUUGUUAGACGAUGCCUGCAAAGGAGGGAUGCAGUGUAUCAACCACUUUGGUGGGUACCUCUGCCUCCCCAAGAGCGCAGUCAUCUAUAUCAGCAAGGAGGGCGAGCAGGUGCCACUGCCGGAGCCUGUCCCUGCUGUCCCUGCUGUCCCUGUUGCCCCACCAAGUCAGCCUGUGGUCCCACGGACUUCAGGCAACCAGGGGGGCACUCAGUCCGGCAGGACCAUCCGUUGUACACCUGGAUACACUGCAGAUGAGCAGAACCUCUGCAGAGACAUAGAUGAGUGUGCGACAGGUAGACACACUUGUGGCCCUGAGCAGACAUGCUACAACACCAGAGGCUCCUACACCUGCCAGUGUCCUCCAGGCUACCAGAAGAACGGAGACCACUGUAUAGACCGAGACGAGUGUGCCAUGACCCACUACUGCAUGCAUAGAUGUGUGAACACACAGGGCUCAUACUACUGUGAGUGCAACGCAGGUCACAAGUUGGCCAGCAACAAUCACAGCUGUGUUGAUGUGAAUGAAUGUGAUGUGGAGAAUCCCUGUCAGCAUCAUUGCUACAACCUGAUUGGCUCCUUCCUCUGCCAGUGUGAACAAGGCUACGAGCUGGCACAAGACACAGUCUCCUGCCAAGACAUUGACGAAUGCAGCUUCUCCAGCUACAUGUGUCAGUUCCAAUGUAUUAACAGCCCUGGAAGUUACUCCUGCGAGUGUCCAGAAGGAUAUCAGCUCCAAGGAAACAGGUUGUGUCAAGACAUAAAUGAGUGUGAGACAGGGACCCAUAACUGCCAAGACGAUGAAAUGUGCUGGAACUAUUACGGAGGCUUCCGCUGCUAUCCCAGAAACCCCUGUGAGGCGCCUUACGCCAAAACCUCUGAGAAUCGCUGUAUCUGCCGGUCUCAGGCUGAGUGCCAGGGUCUCCCGCCAUCAAUUGUAUACAAAUACAUGAGCAUCCAGGCGGACCGGACUGUGCCAGCGGACAUCUUCCAGAUUCAGGCCACCAACAUGUACGCCAACACACACAACACCUUCAGGAUCAAAGCUGGGAAUGAGGGAGGAGAGUUUUUCCUGCGGCGUUCCAGCAACGUGAGUGCCAUGCUGGUGCUAACCAAGCCUCUGUCAGGCCCCAGGGAGUACGUCGUGGACCUGGAGAUGGUCACCCAUCAUCUGACCAUGAACUACCGUUCCAGCUCACUGCUGCGGCUCACCAUCAUAGUCGGGCCCUACGCUUUCUGAGCACCGCAAUCCCCGGCAGCCCCUCAUACGUCUGGUUCAGCAAACAUUAGCAGUGUAACACAGCAGAUGCCUGUAUCAGCAUUAACAUACUGUACAUUUUCAUGCAAUACAACAUAUAACAUAGGCUGUCCCAGACUCACUCAGCAGCACAACGGUUUCAAUAGGCUUGCUCAUGACAGACCAGCCCAUGCUGUAAUGUGACCACUGGGCAUCUUUUUCUCUCGAGGUGCUGGGAAGCAGUUUGAUGGUGGGUUUAAGUGUCCUUAAGGAGUCAUGUACUGUGUUUCAACAACAGACUUUAACAAUAUAUAUUUUUUAUCUUUAAAGCUGAGACCUGUUUUACUUUUAGUGUCUGAGGUGGACAUCAGAAAAAUAACAGAGAUGCUUGAUGCAGCAUUUCCACUUUAAAUUCUUCCAUACUAAAAACAAUUGGAAACAGAGCAGUGGCACUCAGGAAAAGAGGCCUAGUGGACACACAUCCUGUGAUAAAUUUUUGAUGCAGCUGUACCUACAUUUAUCACUUUGUUUCAGACCAAACCUGCUUACACUAACCUGUGUGUGCAUCAGUGUAAGAAAGAGAGAAAUCCUGUUUUCUAGAUAUAUAUAUAUAUAUAUAUAUAUAUGUGUGUGUGUGUGUGU